AGAGUUAAAAUGUGACACAUAUAUGUCCUCGGGCUGAAAAAGGUUGAAGACCCUUGCUCUAAAAUAUGAUGAUGGAAAAUUUGUAUUUGAAUGAUUUUGUGAGUGGAUCUUCUUCACUUUAAUGAUGUAAAUGUUUUAGCUUCAGUUAGUUACAAACAAUUAUUUCUUUGUUUGUUCUUUUAUAACCUUCCUGCCUUACAAGGAGAAUCCAUUCGCAAUUGUAUUCAUCAGUGGCUUAGGUAGUAGAGCGAGUGCACGGGAGUCCAAGGUGCCGUCUGCUGAAAGGUUUAUUGAAGCUUGAUCGAGGAGAAUGAAGGAUUUCUCAGUACACUGCAGCCUCAGUGCUGAAGAAGCUGUCCUCUGUGGCUCUUUAACAAUGCUCCUACUCAAUGCACCCACAGUAUAAGUUCAAUAUGUUCACCUUUAGUGGUCCCACAUUGUUAUCUGACUCCUCUGUUACCAUAGUAACGAUCAGUCUGCUUCCUUAAACUCAAACACGAAGCCGCUCCGCAUCUCAAUCUAAGAUUUAACUCUGUCCCUACAUGUUUGUCCUUGUGUAACCUCCCCGUGUGGAAAUCAAUUUCAUUCAGGCUCAAUAAACAUCACUGCAUCAGAUCUGAACUGGAGUUCAUUUCUUUCUGUCCACUCUGCUUCAGCCUCUUGUGAUGCGGCCACAGGCCAGCAUGGCAUCACAUGAAGCUGAUUAACCGUCGUAAUUCACCACGGCCAAAACAACGCUGUCCUUUUUUUAACGCAAAUGACUGGGGCAUGAUCCCACAGCACACACGGCUGGACCAGACGUCUCCGGAUGUCCUUUAGUUUCUUUUCUGUCUCUCUCUGGUUUUGUUAAAAAAGAAGGCUACAACAAAAAAAAAAACGUGUGGACUCAGUUAACUGUGUGAAGGUCACCGCUGCCUGUAUCCUAUCCUGAUUGUCUGUUAUCACCCUGUCAACACCUCUACAGAUGGACAACGGUGGGAUGAAACGAGGAAUCGUGAUUAAAGACGAGUGGCCAGGAUACAGUCUGGACCUGUUCACGUACCCUGAACACUACCACGAAGACAUAGAGAGUGUUUACAUUCCACAUGGGGUAAUCAUGAACAGGAUAGAGCGUCUGGCCCGUUACAUCAUGGACGACUUUGGGGACAACAACAUAAUGGUGCUGUGCGUCCUGAAGGGAGGCUACAAGUUCUGCGCAGACCUGGUGGAGUUCAUUAAGAUUCUCGGACGCAACUCCAACAAGUACCUGGAGACCAGGGUGGAGUUCAUCCGUCUGAAGAGCUACCUGAACGACCAAUCCACAGAGGAGCUGCACAUCAUAGGAAGCCGGGAUCUGUCUUUCCUGCGUGGGAAGUGCGUGCUCAUUGUCGAGGCCAUAGUUGACACAGGAAAGACCAUGAAGGCCCUUCUGAAGCAUGUGGAGACCUUUGAACCCAAGAUGGUCAAGGUCGCAGGACUGUUGGUGAAGAGGGUCCCUAACAUGGCCGAAAGUCUGACAGACUAUGUUGGAUUCGAAAUCCCCAACCACUUCGUUGUGGGUUACGCCUUGGACUAUAACGAAUACUUCCGUGACCUGAACCAUAUCUGCGUCAUCAGCAAGUCUGGGAAGAUGAAGUACAAAGUCUAAGAAGAAUUAAAAGAAAUAAAAGUGAUGCACAACUACCUUUUUCAGCAAAGUAAAGUUUUAUUGUCUCUCUGUAAUGGUCACUCUUUGGUGCUACUUUCUUUAAAGGUCCGGUGUGUAACAUUUAGGAGUAUCUACUGGCAGGAAGUGAAUAUAAUAUUCAUACAUAUGUUUCCAUUAGUGUAUAAACACCUGAAAACAUGAAUCAUUGUGUUUUCGUUGCCUUAAAAUUAACCCUUUACAUCUACGGAGAGGAUCCGCCUUGUUGAAAUUACAUUUUUCUACAGUGAGCACUGAUCUAGAUUUGACCUUUUGCUUUUUAUGUGAAUUUCACAGCCAGAGUUUUUCCUACGUGCUUAAAAGAUGAAGGUGAGACACGUAAGAGUAUUCAUUCGGUUGCGAUCUGCAACUCUACCACUAGGUGGCAUUAAAUGCUACGCACUGGACCUUUAAGAAAAAAAAGUAAAUUAUGUAUAUUUGUAAGUGCUUUAAAAUAAAAGAACAUUCUUCCUCUCGCAGCAUGCGAUCAUAACAUUGGUGAAUUCCUUAGAAAGUGCUUUGAGAUAAAUAAAAAAAACUGUGUGUAAUGUGAUGUAAUCGUUGUAUUUCGUUGAAAAAAACAAAUAAAAGAAAGCUGCCUAUUAGGAGGAGGACGCUGGUGACAGAUGGAGAGAGCUUAUGGAGGUUGGCAUACCGGUGCCCGGAUGACGCCCACUCUGACUCAUGGAAAACACACAG